GUGUUGCAAUGCCUUUCUCAAUACAGUUCUAAGAUCACACCUCUCUCGGCUUGGCCACGUGGAUGCUUUUGACAGAAAUACCUCCAUGUGUUCCAUCAUAGUCCUGCUUUCCACUCCUGUCCCUUCAACCCUUUCUCUCCACUAUGGCACAUUCCCCAUCUCUCCCUUCAUCCCUUAGGACGAGUCAGAGAGGAGCUGAUUGUCUUCUUCUGGGGUGAAACAAAGUAAACAAUGCCAUCAUUUGCAAAGAGGAAGAAUUUUGCCAUGGAAAUGGUGUUGAGGCAUUGGAAGGGACUGCCCAGGGAGGUGCUGGAGUCCCUAUCCCUGGAGGUGUUCAAAGAAUACCUGGAUGUGGCAGUCAGUGCUCUGGGCUGAUUAUAAGGUAGGGAUUGGUCACAGGCUGAACUCAAUGGUCUUGGAGGUCUGUUCCAAAUCAAAUGGUUCUGGAAUUCUGUGGCUCUGUGAAAAGACAGCCUGUGCAACAUAGUCAGCCUGUGCUGCUUGGGUUUGGGGUGAUGAAAAAAUAUGGGAAGUCCAUGAUGUUGUUGGAAAAGAAAUACGCAGGAUUUGCCUUCUGCUAGGAUAGGCUGAUGCAGCUAGUUCUUUCUGAUCUGGCUGGUUAUAUUUUCUGCCCUUCUCCUACACCAAUCUUUCUUUUUUUUCCCCUAAACUACUGACCAUUACCAUGUAAAAUACAGACUUUCCACAUGAAAGGCUCUUUUUGGAAAGCAGAACUUUCCAUAAUUCUCUUUUUCAGCUGUGUAUGGUAAAUGUGCUCAGGAGGGAGACACAGCUCCAUUUAACCAUCUUCCUUACACAUGAAGAUCCUAAAGCUCCAUAUAAGUUUUACUGUUUCACUAAACAAUAGAGCAAUUCCCUGAUAGAAUACAAGGAAGGCAUUAGUGUAGGGUUGUUUUAUAUCUUUACCAGACCUUCUGUGUUCUCAGUGAUGUUUUCACAUAGUGGUACACUGUUGUUUAUACGAGGGAGAGACAGGGUAGGUACAUGUAUGUGUAUUUUUAGAAAGAAACAUUGUGACAGGAAUUUCUUGUCCUAAAUUCUAAUUUUUCUGAGACAGACUUAAAUACUAGAAUGCUGUGGGUGCUCCACACUUAAUACCAGUGGUCUUCAGGUACAAUAAGGACUUGUCUCUCUCUACUGAUUUUGUCUCUCUCGUACAGGUUAAUGGCUGGGAUAGAGUUAAUUUUCUUUCACAGUGGCUGGUCUGGAUCAGUGUUUGGAUCAACAAUGGAAGCACAGGAAUAUUGUAGCUGUUGCUGAGUGGUACUUUCACAACAUCAAGGUCUUUUCCACUCCUCACCCUGUCCCACCAGUAUGGGGCUGGGGUGUGCAAGGAGCUGGGAGGGGACACAGCUGACCCUGACUGACCAUGGAGCUCUCCCACACCGUAGGAGGCCGUGCUCAGCAAUAAAAGCUGGGGAGGAAGGAGGAAGGGUGGUGUUCCCAGGUCACUGUUACACGUGAUGGAGCCUGGCUUUCCUGGCUGAGCACCUGCCUGCGGCAGGAAGCAGGGAAUGAGUUCCUUUUGGUUUGCUUGCAUGUGCAGGUUUUACUUUACUUGUUAAACUGCCCUUAUCACUGCCCAUGAGUUUUUGCACUUCCACCUUCUGAUUCUCCCCAUCCCACUGCAAGGGGCUGACCUCCCCCAGGGCCUGACCCCCAACAGGAAGCAGAGGCAGGAUGGAGUGAUGAAUCCCACCCCAGCUCACUAAUCCUGUGUCACCUGGCUGCCCUUCCCUGUCCCAGUCUCUGAGCAGCCCACCUCCACAUGAAGACAAGUAUUUGUGCCUGGCACCAUUUAUUUUUUUUGGCGUAACCAAAGCUGACAAUUCGUGUACAACGCCCCAGGAGAGAGCAAUGAAUCGAUUGUAAAAGUGUAAAAAAUGGGCUUUUGUGAUCUGUGGGCUCUACCAGCUCCUGAGCAAGAAAUGGCACAGCUGACGUGUGUAAUGUAACAGGAGAAAGAGGUCUCUGAAAUGUGCCCCCCUGCCAGCAGCACUUGGUGCUAUGCCAAGAGUAACCCUAGAAAUUCUCCAUAAAAGAGCACAUUGACUCAGGUUCUACCACGAAACUUAAGGAAAGCAACCCUACACCUUGCUAAUCUCUGCAUUUUGGUAAGCACUGGAGUUGGGGCUGGUGAGGGGAAGCUGUGAUUUAAAAAGAAAUGCUGUGUAUUUGGGUGCUCUGGAAAUGUAGCAACGUAGGUGAAGGAUCCCGGAGUGCUGAGGAUUUGGCUGUUGGUGGGAUGCAUUGGGCCAACAGCACACAAGGGUUAGAAAGAUGGCACCGUGUGUGGGGAGGGAAAGGAGACCACCAGGAGGUGCAUGGAACAUGGCAUGGCUAUAAAAGACCAAAGUAAUAAUUCAAUCCCCCCUAAUUCAGGCUGAGAGAUGUGGGUACAUUUUUAGUUGCCUAAAUGAGGAGAGCAUUGACUUCAAUCCAGUAUGGGGAGCAGGGAGAUGACCCCACCUCCAGCCUGCAGGACAGAUUCUGCUCUCCUGGGGCAAACUGCAACCAUCAAAUCCAGUUUGUGAAGUGCUGGUGUACAGCAGCCUCAGUGGAAUAUAAAAUUCCUGCAUAAUACGAAUUGUUGUUAAUAACACCAGAGAUAAAGCAUAAAAGAAUGCCCCUUUAGGGGCAAGAUUUCUCCCUCCCAAGGCCUGUAUAUAGCCAAGCUGUUAACCUCCAGCUACAAUAAUUGCAUUUUCAACAAAAAGUUUGAAUUCUUAAUGUUUUAAGAGGAAUUUUCCAUAGGUGAACACCAUUCUCUAAUUUGCUCUUACCAAAUGUGUCUGGCAGGGAAUUCCUGUCUUUUCCCACUGAGCAAGAUGCAGAUAAAAGGGGCAGCAGGCAGUGACCAUGGCCCCUGGCGAUGUGAUGUUGUGUAGGGUGGCAAAGGUCCAGUGCCCUCCACCAGCCCCCUGCCUGGAUCCUACUGUGAGCCCCCAGCACCUCCCUCCCUCAGCCAGGAGAGAAGGGGAUCCCCUCUAAGGAAUUCCGGUUAAACCUUUCCUUCCCAGCAAAGCUGCUGUGAACACCGUGACCCGAGGCAGCUCUUUAUACCUGUGCCAAUGUCCUACCAUACCAGUGCUUUUCCUGGCUUAUUAAUUAACUCCCACCCACUCCUGGGAACACCUAGCCACUCCCUUUGUCCUCACCUAUCCCAGCCAUUUAUAGCAGUGAACAGAUGCUAGAAAUAGAGACGUGGUCAAUAAGAGCCAGAGGAGACAGGCAUUGGAGCCGAUUUCCAAAGGAGAUAUUUCCCAGCUUGCAGCAGCAUGAAAAGCCCUGGGCGCACUCCAAGGCAUGUCAGGUGUCUCAUAGUUUUCAGCCUCUUCCUGGGACUUACCUCCCUCUCAGCAUUCUUCCAUAUGAAGAAUAAGAAUUACAGAUUCUCAAAGAGUCACGAAGAGCUGCUGAUCCCUCCCACGUCGUGCCACGCCAAGACUAACGUCAUGUUCCUCAAAACCCACAAGACUGCCAGCAGCACUGUGCUCAACAUCAUGUUCAGGUUCGCAGAGAGGUACAACCUCACUGUUGCCCUCCCUGCUGACCAGCUCUACCACCUGGGAUACCCAAGGACUUUUGUGGCCCAGUUUGUGGAGGGUUUUGAAACCAUAGGCCAAAAUUACAACAUCAUGUGCAACCACCUGCGGUUUAACCCCUUGGAGGUAAAAAAGGUGAUGGCAGCCAAUACCUUCUACUUCUCCAUCCUGAGGAACCCCAUUCGUCUGCUGGAGUCUUCCUACAUCUACUACAAGGGCAUUGUGCCUGCCUUCAAGAGCACCAAGAACGUGAAUGAGUUCCUGGCAUCACCCACAAAGUAUUACCACCCAGCAGAUUACAGGGCAAACAUCUAUGCCAGGAAUAUCAUGUGGUUUGACUUUGGCUACAAUAACAAUGCGGAGGAUGACACAAAGUACAUCCAGGCAGUCCUGGAGGAGAUAGAGCAGAAUUUCCACCUCAUCUUGAUAGCAGACUACUUUGAUGAGUCCAUGAUCCUCUUGAAGAAUACUUUGUGCUGGGAUCUGGAUGAUGUGAUUUACUUCAAGCUCAAUGCCAGAAGCCAGGAAACUGUCCAGACAUUGACUCCAGAAAGUAAGGAGCAGAUAAAAGCAUGGUGCUCGCUGGACUGGAAGCUCUACCUGCACUUCAACCAGAGCUUCUGGAGGAGAAUUGAGGAGACCAUAGGGCUCGAGGUGCUGGAAAAGGAGGUGGAUCUCCUGCGGACCAGACAGAAGGAGCUCAUGGAGACUUGUCUCUCAGAGCAGGAGGCAGUGAGGAAGGAUCACAUCAGGAAUAAAGCUCUCCUGCCUUUCCAGUCAGGGGCUGCAAAUAUCCUGGGUUACAACCUCAAACAAGACCUGGACAACAGGACUCUGAGAACCUGCCAGAAAAUGGUCAUACCAGAGCUCCAGUACAUGUCCUACCUUUAUUCUGUCCAACACCCACACAAGAGGAAAAAGAUGGGAUUGCCAUUGCUGUGGACCAGUGUCCAGGAGAAGGUGCAGGUCUCAGUGUCCAACUAGGACAUGUGGCAAGCCACUGUGGCUUCCCACUGCUCUGCAUCACCCACUGUCUGACUCGUAACUGACCCACAGGACUCUUGUACAUGAGAGAGAGACAGUGGGGGCUUUGUUUGGGGUCACCAAGUUGGUGGUUGAUCUCUUUUUGGAGACCUUGAGCCACAGGCUCUGCGUUGACCAGAUCCUGGGUGAUCCCGCCUACCUGCUCCUGGCUAGAGAAAGCCGGGCUGGCUGCAGCUGGCCAAGACAUUCCAUCCUCUUAAUCAUUAAUCAUGAGCGUGAUCAUUUGCCUUCAUUUGAUUUUUUUUGAUAUCCAUCGUUACAUCAGUCUGGUCACAGCUCACUGGAGCAAGUCCAAUGAGCUGUGACCAGACUGACUGAUUUUGGAGGGUUUAGGGGAGGGGGAGGGAAGUGAGGGGAGUGUAACAAGGGGAUGCAGUGCUCCAAGAAGCAGGAGAGAUGGUGGGUGCCCCAUCCAGCAGCAUCCACACUCAGUGAGGACUAACCACCACAUGCUGCUGGAGCUGCCUUUGGUGUGGCAUCCUGCCCAAAGCCAGGCAGGCUGGCUGCCUUGCCCAGUGGCAUGUAAGCUGUGCCUCACAUGUGUCACCAGGUGAAUGGGCCUCUGUCCUGUGCAGAAGAGGUCAGUGCUCCCCUGGGAAGAGGUUUUGUGGUUUUGCUUCUCACUCUUAGUCAAGGGUCCCUGGGCAUGGAUGUUCCUUUGAGUCCCCAAAGCCUUUUAUCAGAAGACACAUUUUUUGGGGCUCCCCAUGCUGUGUUGGCCAAACUAAUCCAGCACGGAUUAGGAGGUGUGAUAGAUUGGCAUUUAAGAAAAAAAUGUAGAAAACACCCCUGGAAGUUAAGGCUGCUGGAGGCUGAUGGGAGU